AUGCUGCUGAACAAUGCGAGUCUCGGUGGCUCAGCUAGAACCGCUUGCCAGGAGGCCUUGUCACACUUGGAGUGUUCUGGCUCGGAGUUUGAUCCGCGCUGGACAGAACUUCGCUUGGUGAGCAGAGCGCAUCGGGAGGCCGGCUUGCGCUGGCGUGAGGAAGGCAGCGACUCGGCGCAGAAGGCCUUUGACUUGAGCACUUUCCUGGUAGGCUCCUGGUGGAAGGAGCUCUCUACGGCGCCGAUCACCUUCGACCUGGUGCUGAAGCGCCUGGAGCCUCCUUCCAGCCUCAGGGGCCUAUGCUUCUACGGACUGGUGACCGCCAUCUUCAUUCGGUCGCAGUUUCUCUCCGAGCGCUUGGGGAAUCACGCAGAGGCUUUGACCGGACUGCAGGAUGGCCUUUCGAUCUUGGGAGGACGCCUGCACCUGGACUUCAUCCGCGAGGCGAGCUCGUGGCCGUUCGGGGCCUUGGACUUGCGUGUCAACCGGGACGCGCUGCAGAGUUGGCUUGACUUGGAUGUGGGCACUCAGAGUGUUCGGCCUGCGCCCUUCCGCACGUCGCCCUUCACCGGCCUCCAGGAGAUGAAGCCCAGACCAGUGGCCCGCACGAAGGCGUUUUGGCGCCGCCUGGAGUCCAGUCGAGGCUGGAGGCAGCGUCGGCUUGGGCUUGCUGUCUUCGGCGUGCACUCCACUUUGGUUCUCGAGCCAGCGACCAUGCUAAAAGCGGCGCUGCGCUCCUGGGACACCCGAGUGCAGAUCUUCAUGCGAGAUUGCCCGCGGGGGAAUGCCGCCUGGUCCCACCAUUGUGCCUUGCAGUGCCAAGCGCUGGGCAGCUGCGAGCCCGGAUCGGAAGGUAGCAGCCGGCUGUGGGUGGACCUGGUGCACAUGUUCGAGGAGGCUAUCCACGAACGGCGGAGAUACUACCAGGUCGCUGAUUACCUCACUGUCUUAGUGGAGAUGCAUCGGCUAGACCCGGAUCUGCGUGCAGCAGAGAUGUAUGUCUGCACAGCACCAUUGGUGUGCAGCUUGCUACGUGCAGUUGUGGAGAAACCUCUGCUGGCAUAUCUGGGGAUGCAGCUGCACGUUAACGUGGACAGGCAGACAGACCAGCUGUGGCUGAUGCACUUUCAGGCCAUGGUCAGAGACCAACAAAGCAAUGUUUGGGCCGCCCACAACUUUGCGCUGAGAGAGCAGAUCCGGUAUGCCACUGGAAUGCAGCUCGAAGUGGUGCGACCAAGGGCUCUGUACGUGCAGAGAUCUUCCAAGCUGUAUGGCACCUCGCCGGGCAAAGCAUUCCGGCGCCAGGUGCUGUUUUUCCGCAGCAGCUACUUCCGUCUUUCACUGUUCCUUCCCGUCCUGGAGGCGCACGUUGAUGCAUGCGGGUCGCAGCUGCCUCUAGCGCUGCGCGUGGUGCGAAGCGGGGACGAUUUUGUUCCGUUCAGACAGAUGGGCCGCUUCCGGGCGGCGGUGCUUUUCCCGUGGGACCCUGCUUUGAUGGCUUUCUACGAGCUCUACAGCUUAGGGCCGGCGCUGCUCCUCCCAAGGAGCGCCUGGAUUUACAAAAUCCAGCAUUUCAGUGGAUGGACCACAUUUCAGGAGCUCGGGGCCGUUGAGUUUCCGCACCUUCCGGAAGGACUCCGUGCCGAUCCACGGCCCUUUUGGCGGCCAGAGACCUCGGUCCCAGAGACCGUGCUGCAUUGGUAUGCCUACUCUGACUGCAGCCGCCUUCCGCAUCUCCUGCGUUUCGAGUCCUUCCCGGAACUGUUCCGGCUUCUCCUGGACUCACAGCGCCUCCGCAGCGCGCGGCGCGGGAUGCGGCACCACAACCGGCGGGCCCUCCAGUCCGGCCUCCGCUGGUAUCGGGAUGCCGCGCUGUGGCUUCUAGCUCACGCGGAAGAAAACCGAAAUGCGAGGCUCGAGGGUUGGCCCGAGAUGACUUCGACUGAGAGGAAGGUCAUGAUCCACACUGUGGCGAAAAUGAACCACGCGCGGCGUGAGGCCAUGAGAAGAAGGCCUCAGCCGCUGGAGCCCUUCAAGGGUCACAAAGAAAGGACAGAGGGCCAUGCUUGUAGGAGUCCUCCCUGCUCGCGUGACCAGAGCUCCUGCCGUGUGAACGGCAACUGCUGCUCGGACCUUAUGUUCGAGAUGCUGGUGGACUUCAGCAACUACCUCACUAGGCUGAACGUGACCUUUAUGGUGUCCGAGGGUACGCUUCUUGGCGCAGUUCGAGAUGAGGAUAUAAUUCCGUACACGGCAGACCUGGACAUAUUCGUACCACGAGAAGGCUGGGAACGGGCAAUGCUCAUCAACGAGGAGCAGAUGGGCCCGAAGUCCUACCACUUCAUGGUUGAUCCAGACCAGCCGCACUGUGCCCGGCUGUGUGCUGUGUGGGAGGGCUAUCCUGUAAAUCGAGCGCCCUUCAAUGAGCACUUUGAGUGGGACACCGAGAAAGUCGGCAACGACCUGGCCUAUUACAUGGACAUCUACGAUGAAGACAUGGACUUCGCCAUUGCCACCAAGCACCUCAUCUACCCACCAUCUGCCGUGAAGAUCCGCAAUCACACCUUUCCGGCACCACGGGAGAAGGACAUCUACGUGGAGGCCAGGUAUGGGCCCUCCUGGCGCGUCCCCGACCAUCAGGCCAGGGAGCUGGCGGAGAAGUAUCCAACCCUCGAAGAAGCAAGGGUCUGGUCUCAGAACAUGCUCAUGUUGCGGGACGCCCGUCAGAAUUUGCAUGCCGGGUUCCGCCUUCUAGAGCGAGCCAGCGUUAGCUUCAAGACGGGUGAUAUACAAAUCCGGGCAGAUCAGGAUCCGCCUCACUACUCGGCCAAGGCCGUGGUCCUUGAGGGCUUCGAGAUGUCCGCGGACCGGAAGGUCACUGCUGGGAGGGUGACAAUCUUCCCCCCGGAGCUGGACGAGGAGCAGAUCGUGGAGUACGUCAUGUACUGGGCCAAGCAGGAGAUUUCUUGGUCAGAUGAGCUGCUGAUUCAGCGUGUGGACUCAGGCUUCUCUUCUGAGGACGACGCAGUAACCGAGAGCUCGACCACGAAUGAGGCUUGGUGGUACAGUCCAGAGGUGAUUCGGCCAGUCGCAAAGAUCUGGCGCUGCAAAAUGGCGGCUAAUCCCUUUAAGGCCUGCAGCGUCCGUGGCAUGCCUUUGCAGGUGGCAAUUCCCACAGGCAUUUCCGUGCCAGAGACAGCAACUCACCUCGGAGUCACAGCGGCAAACGAGGCAGGGGAGAACACCCGGCUGACGGCUGUGAGGUUGUUUGGAGAGGAGCAAGACGGGUUCUCGAGCAAGGUCCUCUUGGGAGUCUUGCAAGGCUUUUCCAUUGUGAAUCGGGCAGAAUGUGGUGCAGGCCAGCGUUCCUUGGCACUCGAUGGCUGGAAGAAUGCCUUGGAUUCGAUGAUGAAGCGCAACGAUGCUUCCAUGAAGGAGGCGUUGAGCCUGUUGUCAGACUGGCUGGAGCCUGUUGCUCUGACACUGCAGGACUGUGGCGCCUCCACCUCGCACCAACAGUUUGUUGCAGCCCUGCUGCGCCUCCGCAAUGGUGUUAUGUUCUACCAGCCCGGUCAGGCGUUGUCAAUCGACAAGGUGUCCAUCUUCCAUUGGGUGAACACUGCCAUCGCCUCUUUCAGGAGGGAGGAGUACGGGUUGUUCGGCAGGGAUGUUGGCAAUCUCGUGCGCCAGCUAGUCCCACUAUCCCCAGUUCAAGAGCAGUCAGACCCAUCCAAGCUCGCGUCCGCUGCACCCGAAACAGCUGCGGAUGCCGAAGUGGAAUCCAUGUCCUCCAGCUCAUCUGGGCAGGGGCUGAAGGUUGCGCGUUCAGAAUGA